AUGUAUUCCGAGCAGCAGCCGAAUCGCCUGGCGCAUAGCUGUGAAAUCUCGACUGGCGCAUUUCAGCAUCAUUAUUGGAAGCUCAUCGGAAAAUGGGCUCUGAUCGUGUGGGGCGUCCUCCUUACCGUUGGCUUCGGCUUUAACAUCUACGUGAUGGUUACUGUCAUCACUGGUCAAACCCAGCUAAACCAACAGCAAAUAAUUAUGACUGCCAUCGCCCUCGCGCAUUCUCUGAUCGUGCAGCUGAUCGGCAUCACAGCCUGUGCGCUGGGAGUUCAGGGGAUUAUUCACAAGAACAAGGUCUACGUCAAGUACUGCUUCUUCGCCCUGAUCGCGAUGAUGGCGGUCGUCAUUCUUGGACACGCUGCACUAGCCAUCUACACUCAGAAUUACCAACUCCUCAUCGGAUUAUGGAUCUGCCUCUGGAUCGGCCUCCUCAUGCUCAUCAUCCGCAAAAAUCUGGAAGCUCUGGAGUACUGCGAGAUGUGCUAC